AAAGCAAAGCGCAUGCUACCACCAACGUACACGAGCGCAGAGCUCGGAGCGCUCUUCCACCGCGUGGCCAAGCACGUCGAGGAUCUCAACCGACGCGACGCUGUCAUCGUCCGCGUCUCUGUGCCAUCAGACGCGCAGAUCGCCUCUUGGAUUGCCCAGACCGAGUCGUUCCAGCCCGGAAAGCACCCAAUCUCGGUGGUGGGGCCGGGCCCGACGACAGAGGCACCCGGGUCGCCCACGGAGCGCAGCCCUCAGCGCAGCAUUCGGCGGGCCCGGGGUAGCCACUUCACGCUCGUCGCGGGCAAGCAGCGUGCGAUCCCUGUCUCGGAGCUGUCCAUGGUCAAGGCGGUGCUGCGGCACCGCAGCCUCGAGCUGGCGCACGGCAGGCGGCGCAGCGACAAGGAAGGUGACGACAAGCAGAAGCAGGCGCCGCGCCACCGCCGCAAAGCAGUGGUCGCCAGCCAUCUAAGCAUGACCAAGGCGUCGGCCACGGCCGGAAAGCAAGCUCUCAUCUCCGAGCUUAUUCACGCCACGUCGUUUACGAUGCAAGAUAUUUUUCAAAUGAGUUGUCAGUUCAAGGAGCUCGCGAUGGCCAACGGCACGAUCACGAGCGACACCUUUAGCACGAUCAUCGGGAGCCACUUGGGCAAACUCGUGGCGGGCGUCAACCUCCCGUCCGAGCAAGGCGUCUCGUCACUUGGCGAAACCAUUUCGUCGUCAGCAUCGCUCAUUGGCCGCCUCUACAAGGUCUUUGACAAGGACGGCAAUGGCACGAUCGAUUUUCGAGAGUUUAUCAUUGGCCUCAACAGCCUCGUCCAAGGCUCGCUCGAGCAAAAGCUCGACACGCUCUUUGCAGUCUACGACAAGGACGGGAGUGGCACGAUCUCGGUCUCGGAGCUCGUCUUGAUACUGAACGGCGGCCAAGAAAAAAUGAGCCAGCUCGCCGUGUACAUUGACAACUACUUUGCGACCGUCGACACGAACGGCGACAAUGUGAUUACAGAGGACGAGUUUCUGACCGCGGCCAGUGUCGAGCCGCUCGUGCUAGAAGCGCUCACCAAGUCGCUCGCCUUCAACCGCCAAACCGGCUUCCACGUGCGCCAGAGCCUGCGUUGCUUUUGUGAGCGCGCCAAGCUCGACUGGGCGGCGAUGCUCUCGAUGUUGGAAGACGUCAACGACUCGACGCGCCUCGAGCGAGAGGCCAAGCUGCUUCGGCGCCGGUUUAGCUCGGGCGCCUCGGGGUACGUGGCGCCACCCGCCCCGCUGAGCGUCAACCAGUUCGAGCACAUGCUGGCAUCGUACUUUCACGAGCAGCUUCCGGAAGACGCAGCCCUCUUGCACGAACUCUCGAAAGCGUACGCACCGACCGAUCCACACGGGAAGCUCAACGCGCGCGAGUUUGUCGGAGACGUCGCGGGGUAUCUCUGGUCGCUCCUCUUGGACUCGGCCCAUGACGAGUGCUGCGCUCGGUUCUACUUUCGGUUUUACGAUUAUGAUACCGACGGGUGCAUCACGCGCGAAGAGAAGCAACGUCGUUUGCGCGAGCUUUGGGGCGAUGGGCCAAGACUUGCUCGACACGAUGAAGCUGCUCCAGGAGAUCGAUACCAACGGCGACGGCGAGCUGAGCAAAGAAGAGUACCUCGAAGCGGCCAAGCGCAUCCCGCUCCUCAUGGCGUCGAUUUACAUUUGCAUCUAAACAGUAUUAGGACUAUCAACUACUAGUACAACGCGUAUCACAUUACUGGUUGCCCAA